AUGCUAAAUAAAAGCUCCUUGAAGUCCCUGAUCACUCCCGAUCUGCUUGUGCAGCUCGCGGAUGCCUAUCUUCCUUAUUCUAAAACUGAAGACCUUGACUUCACCAUUGCCCAGUCAGACGGCUUCAGCGCAAACUUCAAGAAAGUAUGCCAAGAAGGCGAGGCUCGAGAUGCACUUAUAGCACUCAGUCACCUCAGUAAUAAUGGAGUCCUCCCAACUCCUAUGGAACUCGACCUUAUGUCCUUUCUCCCAAAACCAUCUUCCCUAGAAUUUCCCCAACAAUGCUUCGGACUUCAGUUGCUUCUUGACCAAGCGUCAAGAAUCCUCUUGACUGGAAUCGAGGCUCGUUGGCAAGUUGCAUACUUUGGACCUCUGGCAAGACGUCUUGCUGGACAGUGGUACGCACUACCUCAUCAUCUACGUCCCCAUUCAUGGCAGAGAUGGAAAGACGAUGUAGGCGUUACUAGUUUUAGCUUCUGGGUUUCGACGCAAGUCAUGUGGGCAGCCCCCUUUCUCCACGCCGAAGAUCUAGGGAGUCAAGAGAUUGGAUUGGAGUUAUCGAAUGAUUUACGUCAAGCUGUUGAAGAGUACACGGAAACACGGGACCCGCAUCGGGAGACAAGGAACAAGACGCUGAAGGAUGAUCUGCUUUUUAUAAGAGAGGUUGUCAAGAGUCCGCCAAAAGACGACGAGGGCGCUAUCAGUAUGGCGGCCUGGACCUAUUGGUGGUGCACGAUCCUGGAUGCUCACUGGCCCAUCAUUGCGCGAUUUGGUCGCUAUCCUUACCGCAAUGCAGCGUUUGGUAGGCCUAGUACAAGGGAUGAAGAGAAAUGGUUGGACGAUAUGAAACAUUUUUCUGAAGCUUCUCCUGAAGAUGCUAAGCACAUUCGAGAAGAUGUAGAGAAGGGUCAGUGGACUCCACUUGGAGAGAGUUGA